AUGUCGAUACCAGGCAAGGAGAGCGGUGCGGUAGUGCUCGAUACCUCCAUGGGCCGCAUCGUCUUGGAGCUAUACUGGAAGCACGCACCGAGGACCUGCGCCAAUUUUUACCAGCUCGCAAAGCAAGGCUUCUACGAUGGCAUCAUCUUUCACCGUGUCAUCGGCGACUUUAUGAUUCAGUCGGGCGAUCCCACGGGUACAGGCUCGGGCGGCACCUCGAUCUACGGUGGCACAUUCGAGGACGAGCUGCACCCUGAGCUCCGCUUUGUCGGGGCGGGCAUCCUGGCUUCGGCCAAUGCUGGACCCAACACGAACCGUAGCCAGUUCUUCAUCACACUAGCACCGACACCGUUCCUGGAUGGAAAGCACACCAUCUUUGGUCGGGUCAGCAAUGGCAUCCAGGCAGUGCGCGAAAUCGGAGCCGCCGAGACCAAGGACGACAGACCUCGCGAAGAGAUCAAGAUUGUAAGAGCGACAGUCGUCUGA